AUGGCCCUCGUCGCUCACAAAGAGGAGGCUGCGAAGAGCCUCGAGAUAGUGAAGGGAGAGGCGGCGAAGGCUCUCGCCGCACAUAAGGAGGAGGCCACGAAGGGCCUCCUUGAUGUGAAGACCACCCUGGAGACGACUCACAAGGCGGAGGUCGCCAAGCUCUCCGACGCCCACAAGGAGGCCUCUGCCAAGGCCAAGGCGGACCUGGAGAGCCACCGGGCCGAUCUCACCAAGGAGCUCGAGAGCCUGCGGGGCUCCAGCUUCAAGAACCUUACGGACGUGUCUUCCGCGCUGGAGGCGCACCGCAAGGAGACGGCAGCCAGCUUCGGCAGCCACAAGGCGGAGGCGUUCAAGAAUGUGACGGAGGCCGUCACCGCCCUGGAGGCACACAAGAGCUCCACGGCCAGCGGCCACAGCAGCCUCAGCGAGCAGCUGGCGGGGCACCAGGCCGAGGUGAAGAGGAGCCUGGCUGCCCAGCAGGCCACCCUGGACGUGCACGCGGCGAACCUGACGAAGAUGCUGUCCGCGUUCAAGCAGCUGCUGGGCUGA